AUGGAUGAUAAUGAUCUUUUUGAGGCGGAUUCUUUGGGUUCUAAAUAUACUUGGGCUAAUGGUCAGUCAGGUGUUCGUAGAAUCCUUUGCAAGCUAGACAGAGCUAUUAUUAAUGAGGCAUGGCUUAAUAAGUUUGAGAAUUGGAGGUGUAAAGCUCUUCCUCGUGAAGUUUCAGACCAUUCCACUCUUAUUGGUUAUCCUUUUGCUAAUUCAAGACCAAAAAGAGCCCCUUUUAGAGUGCAGAAAAUGUGGUUCUCUCACCCGGAUUUUUUGCGCAUGGUUGUUGAGAGUUGGAAUGCUCCGGUUUCUGGCUCUCCUGCUUGUAUAUUUCCUUUCAAGCUCAAGAGACUUAAGGCUGCCAUGAAAGAAUGGAACUUGCGAGUUUUUGGGAAUGUUUAUGCUAAACUCAAACAGGAUAAAUUGACUAGGGAAGUUGCACUUCGCAUUUCAGAUGAAGAUCCUGAGGAUUUACAAAAGCUGAAUUCUGCCAAAGAGGCUUCGGUUACUCUUCAGGAAAUACAUACUCAGCAGGCUAUAUUGUUAAAACAGAAAGCUAGAAAUAAGUGGCUCAUGGAGGGUGCAAGCAAUAAUUCUUUCUUUCAUACCAAUAUUCAUACUCGUAGGAGCUCAAACAUGAUUUCUGAGUUGGUUGAUGACAAUGGAAAUGUGCUUACUGAUUGUGAUCAGAUAAAAGAUUUUGCCGUCUCUUUUUUUGAAGCCAAUAUCUUGGCUGAUGAUAGUCAAAGGAUGGAUGCGAUUCCUACUUUUGAAGAAAUUAAGGCUGUUGUUUUUGAUCUUGGUGCGGAUAGUGCACCAGGCCCCGAUGGUUUUUCUGGAUGUUUUUAUAGACACUGUUGGGAGGUAAGAGGAGCCAACACUCUUCGUAACUUUCGGCCAAUUGGUCUUAGUAAUUUUUUCUUUAAGAUUUUUACUAAGAUCCUAACUAUAAGACUAGGUAGUGUGCUUGAUAAUCUUGUUUCAGAGGAACAAGUUUCUUUUAUGAAAGGGAGAAACAUUCACGAAAAUAUCAGCGUGGCGUCGGAGAUGGUAAAUGACUUGAAAACUAAGCGUAAAGAUGGCAAUGUGGGUCUAAAGCUAGAUAUUUCUCAAGCUUUUGACACUGUCAGCUGGUCUUUUGUCUUGGAAGUUUUUCGAAGAACUAUCACUAAUUUGCUUGGUAUGGAGGUCUUUACUUUCCCUGAUAGGUACUUGGGAGUGCAAAUUAUGCCUGGAGCUGAUCCCGUAGUUCUUAUUAACUCAGUGAUAGCUAGCUAUGCCAUUCACAACAUGGAUGUCUAUAAAUGGCCGAGAAAAUUCAUCCAGCAAGCGGAAAGGGUUAUUCGAAACUUCCUUUGGUCUGAUGACGCUGAGACUACAAGAAAAUUUGUUGUUGGUUAUGAAAAAGUUUGUUUCCCUGUUAAAGAAGGUGGGUUGGGAAUUACUAUUAUGUCUGUUACUAAUAGGGCUCUUCUUAUGAAGUUAUGGUGGAAUAUUUGUGCUUCCAACAAGAAGUGGGCUCGAUUUUUAUGGUCUAAGUUGACUACUCGUUCAGGUAGGAUUAAACAGUAUGGUGUGAGUUCUUCAAUUCUUCGAGGUAUUCGUCUUGUUCAUACUAUGGUAGACAGAAAUACAAAAGUCAUUAUCGGUGAUGGGAGGUCUACGUCUCUCUAUUUUGAUAUAUGGUAUGGAACUGAAAGCAUUGCAGACAUGCUUGGUGACAUUAACCUGGAUAGAUCGGUCUUGGUAAGUGAUAUUAUAGCUGAUAAUAACUGGCAGUUGGAUGGUGAGCAUGUUCAGAUUUUGGUCCGUGCAGGAGUGGACUUAAACAACUUACCUGAUUUGCGCAAUGCAGCAGACUGCAGAGUUUGGAUGCCGGAACUGGAUGGUAUCUUCUCAGUUUCCUCAGCUAAACAUCUUAUAAGGAAGAAGUAUGCAACUGCUAUCGUGUAUGGGCUUUUGUGGAGGAAAGCUAUUCACCCCAAACUAGCAGCGCAGAACUGGAAAUUAACUAGAGCAGCUUGUGCGACACAAGACAAACUCAGAAGUAGAUGUAAAAUAGAGCUUGCCAGCAGGUGUUAUUUGUGCAGAAAUGAAGAAGAAUCUCUGGAUCAUAUUAUUUGGAGUUGUUCUUACGCGGCACAAAUAUGGGACUGGAUCUCAGGUAAUUUCAAACUCAGACCUCAUUUAGAUAUUGUAACUUCCUACAAGUCUGCCAAGGGAAGAAGUCGAAUUGUUAAAGAUCUGAGGCUGUUAUCUAAUAUGGUUAUCCGUUCUAAGCUGUGGUUGUCGAGGAAUAUGGAUUACUUUCAAAACAAGUCAGUAAGCAUUCAGUUUUUUAAACAACGAGCUUUCCAUUUGAUUCAUGAGUAUUCAGUCCGUUUGAAAGGUUAUAUGCACAAUACUACAGAAGACUUGGAGAUUCUCAAUGUCUUCCGUGUAAGGCAUAGGCAAGUGAAAACAAACUCAACCAUUGGAAUGUUUUUGGACUCCUCCAAAUACUGA